ACUUCGAUUCGCCUCCUCUCCUUCGUCUCUUCCUCCCCGCUGCCGUUGCCGAGCUCCUCCUCGCCUCCCGUCCCCGUCGCUUUCCCCUCCCGCGCGCGCCGAGAGGAGGAGGAGACUUUCCCCCCUACAGAGUCCGUGCUCCCCGGAUCGAGCUCGGCGCAAUCCAUGUCGGAGGAAGCAGGUCGUCCCUUGCCCAAGUUUGGUGAAUGGGAUGUCAAUGACCCAGCUUCCGCUGAUGGAUUCACAGUGAUAUUCAACAAAGCCAGAGAUGAGAAGAAGGGUGGGAAUGGACAAGAUACUGAUUCACCCUGCAAAGAAACUAGGCCUGAGAGGGUGGAAUCAUAUGCCCCCAAGACAAACUCGAAAUGGUUUUGCUGUGUGACAUCCAGCCCUACACAAUCUUGAUGAAAACGAGUGCCAUGCGUUGCAAAAUUACUAUCCUUUAAUUUUGCUAUAUACAUACUAUCCAUAAGACCUUGUAGGGAUACCCAGACUUGCUGUGCUGCUAGAAUGGGAAUCUCUUAAAACUCGAGGUGUGUGUAUGUAUGUGUGAGGGUUCUCAGAUGCACAUUCGGACAGAUGAACUUCUGAUUGUAAUUCUAGUCUUCCCUGCUGUGACCUUUUGUGAUGUAGUCAUGCUUCAGUGAUAUAAUGAAUCUCACCUAUUGAUAUAACUGCACACGUGUAAUUGCAGCUUCUGAUGUUUGAUGCACUUGAUCAAA